AUGCUUGGAAACCUUGCCCUUGCAGCUGCGACCCUGGCGGCCACUGCCACGGCUCUGCCUACAUAUCAAGUCUUUUCCCGAGAGGUGGCGGACCGCUAUGUCUUCUACAGCGGCGACGGCUCCACGGGUGCCGGAUGGCCCGCGGAGUCUGCCUGGGGCAGCUUUGACGAGCUCUGGGGCGCCAAUGAGCCCGUGAUGGAGAAGUCGUGCGGCUGGAACGACUGGGGCGCAGACAACUCGGCAACGGAGAUUGGCGACAUCAAGAGCACGAUCCAGCAGGUUGCGAGCUCGACUGGCGUGGACCCGCGCUUCGUCCUCGCCGUCGUGAUGCAGGAGAGCAAGGGCUGCGUGCGGGCGCCGACGACCGACAACGGGGUGCGCAACCCUGGCCUCAUGCAGUCGCACAACGGCCAGGGGAGCUGCGCGGGCGUGAACCCCUGCCCGGCCGAGCAGAUCACGCUGAUGAUCCAGGACGGUGUCGCGGGCACCUCCUCGGGAGACGGCCUGCAGCAGACGCUGGCGCAGGCCAGCGGCGCGACGGGCGGCAGCGGCAGCCGCUCGUUCUACGCGGCCGCGCGCCUCUACAACAGCGGCUCCGCCGACUACGGCAACCUCAACAACGGGCUCGGCAGCACGCCCUGCUAUGCGACGGACGUGGCGAACCGCCUCAUGGGGUGGACGCUCGCCGCCAGCAAUUGCCAGGCUUGA